ACAGCCUCUGCUCUACCCAGAGCAAACACAGCAGAGUGCAUAAAAUCAACAGCAGACAUUACAUCAAGCCAAGUGGGUGGAUUCUUGUUCUCAUUUUUUCACAGAACCUGCUUGCUUCUUUUGAAACGGUCCAAAGGAAACUAGAGAGAAUGUCUAGCACUCCAGUUGCUGUAGUGACCGGAUCCAACAAAGGCAUUGGGCUGGCUAUUGUGCGAGCUCUAUGCAAGCAGUUCUCUGGGGAUGUGUACCUGACAUCUCGGGAUGUCGGACGAGGAAAGGCAGCAGUGGCAGAGCUACAGAAGGAAGGAUUGAAGCCACUCUUCCAUCAGCUGGAUAUCAAUGAUCUCCAGAGUAUUCAAGCCCUCCGUGAUUUCCUGAAGGCAAAGUAUGGUGGACUGAAUGUGCUAGUCAACAAUGCAGGGAUUGCUUUCAAAGCGGCUGACACUACGCCUUUUCACAUUCAAGCUGAAGUGACAAUGAAAACAAACUUCUUUGCUACCAGAAAUAUUUGCAACGAGUUAUUACCACUCAUAAAACCAAAAGGAAGGGUUGUUAAUGUAUCCAGUGUCAUGAGUACUCGAUCACUUUCUAAAUGUAGCCAAGCCUUGCAGCAGAAGUUUCGGAGUGAGACAAUCACUGAAGAGGAGCUGGUAAAACUCAUGGAAAAAUUUGUAGAAGAUACCAAGAAGGGAGUGCAUGAGAAGGAGGGCUGGCCUAACAGUGCUUAUGGUGUGACCAAAAUCGGAGUGACAGUUUUGUCCAGAAUUCAAGCAAGGUUGCUGAAUGAGACAAGGAAAGCCGAUGGUAUCCUCCUGAAUGCCUGUUGCCCUGGAUGGGUAAGGACUGACAUGGCAGGUCCCCAAGCCACCAAAUCACCUGAUGAGGGAGCUGAGACUCCAGUUUAUUUGGCCCUUUUACCUCCUGGUGCUGAUGGGCCUCAUGGCCAGUUUGUUAGUGAUAAAACAGUGCAGCCUUGGUGAACUUGCACCUUAGAUAACUGGCUUUAUCUGUCAUUCUAAAGGUGGCUCUGAAUGAGUAGCAUUGCUGAUAGUAGGAGAUCUAAUGAAUGCUUUGGGGUUUGCUUUUAACUAUUUGAGUUGCUUAGUAACCAGUUACAAUCAAUCACAAUGUCAUUUUAUGCAUCAUGCUACUGUAUAACAUAGCCGAAGAGCUGUAUUCAUCUUUCUCAUACAUACUACCUCUAAUUAAAAUAAUCAUGCUGUUUCUUAUUAUGUAUCUAGUCCUGAUUCUUCCCUAUUAAAUGAGAGAUUCUGAAGUUUAA